UCUGCUGCCUCGCGUGUGUAAGUGGGAGUAAGCAGCCUCCUUAGUGCGUGUUCACUGGACUGAGCUCGAACUCACCACGCCUUCUUCUUCCUCUUUCCACUCGAUCACCUCUCCCCGGAACAUCGCGUCCUUUGUGCGGGCACAAUGACGGCCAAGCACCGGAAGGGGAAAAGCAACCAGAAACAUGAAGAAGACAAUUUAAAGACUGAAGUGGCCGACUCUGAAGUCCGCGCUGGAGGGAAUAGCUCCACGCUGGUGUUCUUGUUAUGUCUCGUCGUUGUGCUGGGCGGCUCCAUUGGGUCUUGGUUCUGCUACCAGCAGCACCUGACUUUAAGCCGCCUGACAGACUCCUUCACGGGCAUGCAGAUGAAAGUGGCCAAGCUGCAGUCACAGGAGAGCCUGCGACAGACGAGCGAUAAGGUGCAUGUUUCAGAUGGUCUAGAAAGUCGCCUCAAUGCCUUGGAAGAGUCAUACGCACAGGCCCAAAAACAGGUGGCCGAGGCCUUGGCUACCGCAGAGCAGCUCAAGACAUCAGACCUCCCAGCUCAGGUGCUGUCGCUCCACACCGAGAUGAAAUCCCGCCUGGCUGACAUCCAGCAGACCGCUGUGUCUGCAGAGCAGCUGAGCCAGCUGCAGGUGGCGCUACAGGAGAAGACCGAGCAGUUUAAAGGGGUCAGGCUUCAGUUGGAGGGCCUAUCUCAACAAGUCCAAGCUGUUACAGGGCGCCUGGAGGAAGCAGAUGCCAAGCUGGAUGAGGUUGCUCCUUUGAAAGACACCCUGAAGGAGCAGGCUGCACAGCUACUUGACCUGAAGUUGCAGCUGGGCUCCUACCAGACUCAGCUGGAGGCCAACACAGCAGAGAUGGUGAUUCUUAGAGAAUUGCUGCCGAAUGAACACUCUGAGCUGGUGGACAUGAAGGAGCAGAUCAAUGCAGUUCGAAUCAGCAUUCAAGAUCAGAAAUUGGCCGCCCAAACCCUUCACAUAGAACUCAGGGCUCAGCUCGACAACCUACAGAGACAGGUCACACAGAUGGUGGGCAAUGAUUACGCUACAUCGGAACAAACAGAGGAAGAACAAGCUCCGUUGGUUGUAGAAGAGGCUAUAGAGGAGUUGGAGUCAAACCUUGUGGAUGCACAGCCUGAGUCCGAUGAGCCAAGUGACCAAGCACUUCCUUCUCCAGAAAUGGUAGAAACUGACGCAUCACACGCAGAAGAGGAGGAGCCAACCGUGGAAGAACUGGUUGAUGAGGAUGACAAGGGGCUAGCAAAGGAGGUGGCUGUAGAAGGUAGAAAUGUUGGUCAAAUAGAGGAGGAUGAGGGGAUAUUUGAAGCUGAAGAAGAUGAGGUUGACUAUCCAGAGGAACUAUAAGAAGAACAUACUAUGAAAGUGGGUGUCACCAGUGGGGGAUUGUCUAUGCAUCCAUCAAGAAGAACUCCCUCAGACUAAAGUGGCGGUUUGACAAAUCUAGAAGUGUCAGUGCUCGCUACCUUUGCAGGGUACAUCAUGUGACACAGGGGCUCUUUGAAAGACAGAUGAUGUCAUUACCAGAUUUCAGAUCUGUCAACCUCCUAAGCCUUAUUCUGUCUUUUGAGUGAGUAUUUCUUACUGCUUGAAAAUAUUGGGUCGUGCAUUAUACUUUACUUUUAAACUAAACACAUUUGCUGAUGAACUUGAAGCCAUUGGGGUGUUGUCUCGGUGGCAUUAAAAUGUUUUCCUUUUCUAUGCUUUGUAUGUGAUCUUAAAUAAAAUGAUCGCAUAAAGUACA